UACCGUUGUUGUACGAUGAUGUUCACUGGACGGAAACGAAUGGCGUGGCGAACAGACGUUGCUAUAGGGACCGCGGUGUCCGCCGGCACUCACGGGAGGUCGGUCGAAGGAAUGCAACUGUCAGAGUUUAGGUACACCCUGGUGCUGGUCGUCCAGCUGGCGCUCCUCGUCAUCGACCUGUUGUUCAACACGUUCAUCCACCGGUACCUGGCCAACACGGGCAUCUCGAUUUUGCUAUUCGUGCUCCAAGACAUCGGUCAACUGGUCGCCAUCGCCGUGUUGCUCAUCACGUUCUUCCAGACAAAUAUAUUUCAGGCCGGUUUUAUUGUGCUGCUGUUCAACGAGUUCCGGUCGACCAUCAUUACCGGAAUCGGUUAUUUUGUUUUAACCCUGUUCGUGCAAGUGUGGACUCUGUCAAACCGCUUCAAGGGCCAGGUGUACUUCUAUUGGCCAGAUGGACUUUACGUAUUUUUUGUCUUACAUAAGUUCACUUCAUGUUUGCAUUACUACUUGUAUAAAAGAACAGCUCUAUGUAUAUCAGAUCCUAAAUUUUACACUGAUGAAUGGAUUAACCAUCGCAUAAAUCAAGAAUCAGAACAGAGAAGUCCUAAAUAUUGAUGAAAUUGGAUGUACUAUACUACUAUUGUAAAACAUGUAGUCAAUGGUAUGCAUAACUUCGCCUUCGCCUCCACGAAUCUUCCAAGAAGUGUACAGCGGUUCUGAGCCAGACAACUUAUAAGCACUAUCUAGUGGUAAAUAAGAACAACUGCACAUGGUACUGUAAACUGGUUCUGUAGGUUCUGCAUUAAAAUCACCACAAACAAUUGUUGGACGUCCAGCUGCAUGGGAAGAUAUGAAUUGCAGCAAAUCUUUCCCUUGUUCAUUUCGCAAGGUUGAUAACAAUGCUCCUUUACGAGCUUUUAAAUGCGUAGUAGCAACGCAUAACUCUUUUUGUGUAUUUUUAUCUUUAAGUAUCAACAGUAAUGACACCUUAAAAAUAUAUGAUAUUAAAAAUACUUAAAUAA